AUGGCUGCCCGUAGCGCCGCUCUUAAGAUCGACUGGGUCAAGACGACCAGCUCUCUCGGCCUCCGCGGCCAGACCGCUGCUUCUCUCCAGGCUUUCAAGAAGCGUAACGACGAUGCGCGCCGCAAGGUCCAGCUCCUUUCCGAGCAGCCCCAGACCGUCGACUUCUCCCGUUACCGCAGCGUCCUGAAGAACCAGGCUGUUGUCGAUGAGCUCGAGAACCAGUUCAAGAACUUCAAGCCCGCCACCUACGAUGUUGCCCGCCAGCUGAAGGCCAUUGAUGCUUUCGAGUCCCAGGCUGUCCAGAGCGCUGAACAGACCAAGGGCAAGGUUGAGGCUGAACUCCGCAACCUCGAGAAGACCCUUGAGAAUAUCGAGACCGCCCGUCCCUUCGAUGAACUCACUGUUGACGAGGUUGCUGCCGCUCAGCCCGAGAUUGACGAGAAGACCGCCUCCCUUGUCUCCAAGGGCCGAUGGAUGCCCGCCGGAUACAAGGAACGCUUCGGCGACAUGUCUGUCGUUUAAAUUAGCGCAUCCCUUUGUAUCACUUUUUGUUACCCUUAUCCCUCGACCAAUUUCAUCACACGACAACUAUUUCCUUCCCAGUCAAGCGUAUUUAGCUCUAUACCUGGCAGUGUGAUUCGGUUGUCGGGUUGUGUAUAGAACCUGUUCAAUUUAGAAGUUAUAUGAAGUCUAUCAAAUCGUAGUCAUGAGAAGGUCUUAGUCGGGCUGACGUUUGAUGCUUUGGAUUUUACCAGUUAAUAGGGUAUUGACUUGUAAUCUACAAAUCGGCCACUGAGCCGUAAAUUUAAUUGGUCAUGAUAUUGUUAUACUUGCAUGAACAUGUUUACAUUAUUUGUUCAUCAACAAGUACGGAUACAAGUAUAUCAAGGUAUC